CGCUCGCCGGCUAAGAAACGGUCACACUAAUUGUAUUAAAGUCAAUUCAAACGUUUUAUUGUGCGUUUUCUUGUUUUGUUAAAUAAAAUGGUGAAGCAUAGCAAUAAAAAGUCUGCUAUGCAUCCGCGCAAUGUGCUGCGCACUGCGCCGGACUACACAAAAUUGGCCAUCAAGCACAGGGACUUUCGGCAAGUGUGUGAAUUGGAGCUCAAUGGCAGGGUAUCGCUUAACUUUCGUAAUGAACGAACACUGCGUGAAUUAACCAAAAUGCUGCUGCUUGAAUAUUUUGGACUGCACGUGGAGUUCGCGCCGGGCAGCCUGGUGCCCACUUUGGCGCUGCGCCUGAACUACAUUUUAUGGCUAGAGGAUUUGCUGGCGCCUCUCAAAUUGGACGCAGUGCAUGGCAUCGAUAUUGGCUGCGGCUCCUCGUGCAUUUACUCGCUGCUGGCAGCCAAAAAGAAUCAAUGGCACAUGCUGGCGCUGGAGUCGAAGCAAACUAACAUUGAGUAUGCCCGCGAGAAUGUGAAGCGCAAUAAUCUGGAGCACCUUGUGGAGGUUUAUGCCCAGCCGGACAAGAAUAACAUUUUCAAGAGCUAUUUCGAGACCGCCAGCAGGUUGCCCAAGGAGGGCUUUCACUUCUGCCUCUGCAAUCCGCCCUUCUUCGACUCGAAUGCAGAGAAUCCGUUUGGCGGCAACACGCGCAAUCCCCAGCGUCGUCCGGCGCCCAACAAUGUGCGCACCGGCAGUGCCGAAGAGCUGACCUGUGCAGGUGGCGAGGUGCAAUUCGUGCAGCGCAUUGUCGAGGAGAGCGAGCUGCACCAGGAGCGCGUGCUCAUUUUUACGAGCAUGCUGGGCGUUAAGGCAAACGUGCCAAAGAUAUUGGACUAUUUACAGAAACGCCAAAUAAGCAAUGUGUCCACCACGGAGUUUCAUCAGGGACACACCACACGUUGGGCAGUUGCCUGGAGCUUUCAACAGCUAAGCUUAAAAGUAGAUGCAGCACUGUCUAGUCCAGAUCUAUAUCGUACAUAAGUAAACAUAGCUUGUAUAUAGCAUAAGUAGAACUUUAAGCUAAUGUAGUAAAAAAUGGAAUACGUUGUUAAGGCUGCUGCUGGUCAAUUAACUGUUGUGGCACGUUUUGGAAAACUAACACAAAUGUGAGGGUAUCUUUUUACCCAUCUGCAGCAGCACUUUCAACUGUUGCCCGCCCAUAUCAUAUUCGCGGCGCAUUUCGUGCGACCAAAAAGCUUUUCCACUAAAUGGAAAUUUGCAUGUCAGUGGGCACUUUGCUGCCGCAGCCAAACGAAAGCGAGGAAAGCGGCACCAAAACGAACGGAAAUUAUCGUUUCGUUUAUAUCAUUGACCAGCGCACAGUUGCCCAUCCAAUGCGCCACAAAUAGCAAAAGCAUGCCAAUUUCUAGCCUUAACUGCUUAGUAGCUCCCCACAAGCCGCACACCUGAGCAAAUGCGUCACCAGUUUCGAUGUUAGGAAAACUUUUGAUUAUUGUCGGUUGAAAUUUAUGUAAUUUAUACAAAUUUUACAAUAAGCAAAAAACCUUUACAAAUUA